CGCUCGCCAGGUUAGGGGGUUCGUGUUGCCGUCGCUCCGCUCGCGUCUCUCUCGGGGUGCUCGCUGCUCUAGCCACGGACAUGUGAUCACGGAAUUAAGUGUUUUGACGAGUCUCAUCUUUUGAUUUUGAGAGGGGAGUGUUUGUGAUGAAAUACUGUUUACGGCUCGAUGCCCAGGGUUUCUUAUAGCCUUUCAUAUAAUACAUAAAACUAUGUUCUAGUUCAUCUGAAAGUGCAAAGGUGAAUGUCACCCUCGUGGCCUAUACCGAAGUCAUUUUGCUAUCUUACGGACAACGACACUGGUAAAGUUACCUAUUUGAAGAAAGUGACCACAAGUGCUUUUGGAAAUGGUGUGAAUUUGCCAUGUUUACUUAAUCAUAAAUAAAAGUGAGCCAAUUCACCGCAGAAAAUAUCUUCUGACACGAAAUUUUAUUAUAUCAGAAAGAAAAUGAUGCAACAAAAAUAGACCCAGCAUUACCUGAAUUAGUGAAGUUCUUGUUGUGAGGAAAAUUAUGAUAAAAGAAAAUACAAAUAGUUUAGUUAAAACCACCAACUACACUUGAGUCUAAAGAAAAUGGACAGUUACCGAAUGAAUUACACCAGAAAUAGACAUUAGGAGAGAUUUACUAACCACUAGUGUAAAGAAAAUUGGAUAAUAAAUAGACGAGGAACAAUAGCGUCUGAAGCAAACGGAGGUGCAGUGAGGCGGUCGUGGCCGGCGGGAGGAAGGCCGGGCGCGAGCGGUGGUGGGGAGCGGCGUGUGUCUGCGGAGGAAGGGAUGGAUGCGGAAGGGAAACGGAUCUCUGAGGGUUCGGGUUUAGUGCGGUGUUGAAGGCGUGUCAGUGGCGGCUGGUUGAUUGUUUUUGUGCGGGGAGAACCAUUGCGUUGUGAUGAGGGAUUAGAAGAUAGGCGAUUGGGUCGCAGUGAAACCGAGAGGGAUGUGGUUCGAUUGAGGAAGCCUAGCGGAUGUUGGUGAUCGAGAGUGGAAACCGUUCGACAUGGCAUCCUUCCUGCAGUACGCCCUUUCGCCGUUCCCGAGGCGACGGUCUCGCAAAAGCGAACGCGACCGGGCUUCCACCGCCUCCCAGGACACCGGCAGUACCUCCAGCACGCCCACGCCGCCCUCGCCCGCCCCGAAGACGCGGUCGGUGGGCAUUCAGACGCCGGUGCUCCAGCGGCGAGCGUUCGGCUCCGAGGACAUCCCGGGGACGCCCACCGCCUUCAGGAGACUCAAGGACAAGACGCGGGGAUGGCAGGCGUCGCCCUUGCUCAGCCGGCGCGGCUCGCAGGCCACCCUUCGCGAGGGGAGCGCCACGCCCAUAGCCUCGAGAAAGGGGAUCUCUCCGCCCGCAGAAGCCCUGCACUCGCCCACGCCCUCGCGCAGGAACAUCUCGCCGCCCACCGCCUCCUCCUGCGCCUCCCUCAGCAGCCACGAGCCGCCCCCGACGCCCUCCUCCUGCACGUCCUACAACUGCGAGUCCCCCCCGACGCCCUCCUCCACGCGCCGCACGCCCUCCCACUACAGCGUCGACAGCACCAACGCCCACGUCGUCCACGUAGGGGCGGCGGGGCUGGGUCUCGGGGGGCUGAGGGGGUGGGAGAGGGAGGUGGUGCUGAGGGAGGCGUGUGGGAGGAGGACGGUGGUGAGGGAGAGCGUGAGGAUGUCGCAGUGCGUGGUGUGGAGUGCCUGCCCAUCCCGGCCGCUGAGGAAGCGCUCGCACCACAAAGAUUUAAAGAUCCACAGAGCUCUACCAGUGAAAAAUUCAUCGGCAGUGAUAUACAAGAUGGCUAUAAGUGAAAGCAGCGUUGUGCGAGCUGCUUCUGGCGUGCUUCCUCUAGACGCAGGUUGCACAGCAUAUUCUCUGGGGCGGUUCCUGUCAUACUCGAUAUACAAUUAG